AAUAAUAAAGUUGAGGAAAUCAGAGCAAUGGCAAGGAGUGCACGUGAGAUCGAGCCUUCUCCAAGAGAUAACAGUACAGAUGAUCAAACAGUAGCUGUCCGUUGAAAAUGAUGUGGUCAAAUAGCAUGGAGAAGGGGUUGUGAGUUCUCUGAAUGGCAUUUCUCAUGGAAAUUCAGGCCAAGCAAGGGGUCUUGAUAGAAGCUAGCUCAGUGAUGAUAUCAAACAUUUUUUAAAAAUAAGAUGGAGCCUAAAUAAUUAUGUGGUGAGCUUCAUAAUUAUUAAAUAUGUCUUCUCCAUCAAACUAAUAGAGCCUGAGAAUAAAUUUUACUCCAUGCACCAAAAAGAAGAAAAAAAAAAAGGAGAAAAAAGAAGAGGAAAGCAGAGAAAUGGAGAGGGAAUAAUUGAUGGAAAAGGUGAAGUAAGUAAAGAAUUUUCGCCUUUGGGAAUGGGACUGCAUCCGAUACCCAACCUUGGCUUUGGUUGGAUCACUACCAAUGAGAUUGGUACAGUGAUGAGGGCAUUGGGAGGAAACCCAACAGAGGCAGAGCUCAAGGAUAUGAUCAACGAGGUUGAUGCAGAUGGCAGUGGGACUAUUGAUCGCCAAGAAUUCCUUGACCUAAUGGCUCGGAGGUUGAAGGCAGACCCUAAAACUGAAGGCGACCUCAGGGAAGCUUUCCGGGUUUUUGACAAGGAUGAGAGUGGCUUCAUAACUGCAGAUGAACUCCGCCAUGUUAUGACAAGUCUUGGUGAGAAGCUGACAGAUGAGGAAGUUAAUGAGAUGAUUGAUGAAGCUGAUGGCGAUGGUGAUAAACAGAUCAGCUAUGAGGAGUUCUUCAAAGUCAUGUUGGCCAAAAGGCAAAGGAAGAUUGCUCAAGAGAAUGGACAUGGUAGCAAGAAUGGCAAGGACAAAAAACGGCGUUGGAGAGAGCUGCGCCAGUUAUGUUUGAUCCUUUAAUCUGUUUGUCCGGUGUCACAUUUCAUAUAUUGACCCUAUUUAUAUGGGCAUGUAAAAUAAAUAUAAUAAUAAAUAUUUCAGUCUACCCUUUGCACUUGGAUGAUGAUAAUAAUAAUAAUGAAAAUUUGGAGA